AUGACCUAUGACCAGGGCCCCGCAAUACCUAGCGCCGGCACUGCGCACGAUGACGAUGAAGUCGAAGAAGUGUACGACAAAAUAGAUGAAGUGCUAAAGAUGACAAAAGCUGGAGAAAACGUCAUUAUCCUAGGAGAUUGGAAUGCAUCAGUAGGAGAACAGAAUGACGGAUAUAUAGUAGGAAAUUAUGGAUUAGGGAAAAGAAAUUAUAGAGGCGAGAGACUCAUACAAUUUUGUACACAACACGAGCUUGUGCUAGCAAACACCCUGUUCAAGAACCAUAAACGAAGAAGGUACACAUGGAAAGCUCCUGGAGAUAUAGCGAGGUACCAAAUUGAUUACAUUAUGACAAAACAAAGAUUUAGAAACCAAAUCAAACAAUGUAAAGCAUAUCCCGGAGCAGAUAUAAAUAGUGACCAUAAUCUCUUAAUCAUGGAAUCAGAACUAAAAUACAAAAACAUUAAAAAGAAAAAUAAUAUUAAGAGAUGGAACCUACAGAAAUUAAAAAACGAUGAAAUAAAAGUGACAUAUAAUAAGAAAUGUAGUGACACUCUAAUGACAGUCACACCAGAUAAUAACACAGUAGAAGAAAAAUGGAAGAAUAUUAAACAAAUACUAAAAAAUAAGGCUGAGGAAGUUUUGGGAUCACGGGAGAAAGAAGCAAGGAAACCCUGGAUUACGGAAGAAAUUAUAGAACUAAUAAACGAAAGAAGAAAAUACAAAAACCAAAACAACAUAGACAGUCAACAGAACUACAAACACAUCAGAAAUAUAAUACAAAGAAAAGCAAAGGAAGCCAAAAAAAAAGGGUUAGAUAACCAAUGUACUGAAGUGGAAGAAAGAAUGAAUAGAAAUGCACUGAAAAGUAAAACGGGUGAGAUACUUAUAACAGCCGAACAAAAGGUAAACAGAUGGAAAGAAUAUCUAGAAGAAUUGUAUGCAAACCAAUUUAGUGGAAAUGUCCUAGAAGAAGAGAACUGUGCAGAAGAUGAAGACAAAGGAGACUAUAUCCUCCAAUCAGAAAUUGAUUUUGCUAUAGAAAAUCUUAAAAACAACAAAGCAUGCGGUAUAGAUAAAAUCCCAGCAGAACUAAUAAAGUGUGCCGGUGAAGAAAUAAAUAAAGAACUUGGAAAUAUAUGCAACGAAAUGUACUUAAACGGGGAAAUAAUUGAUGAUUUCAGGAAAGGCAUUAUAGUAACAAUUCCCAAGAAAAAGGGGACAAUGAAUUGUGAGGAAUAUAGGACUUUAAACCUCAACACGCAUGCUUCAAAAAUAAUAACAAGGAUAAUAAAGAAUAGAAUAGAAAAAGCAAUAGAUGCAAACCUAGGAGAAGAUCAAUUUGGUUUUAGGCGAAAUAUAGGAACCAGAGAGGCGACCUUAGCGCUAAGGAUAAUGAUAGAAAAACAGAUUAGACGAAACAAAAAAACCUGCAUUGCUUUUGUAGACCUGGAGAAGGCUUUUGAUAAUGUACAAUGGAAGGAAUUAUUUAAAAUAUUAAAAAGAAUCGGAAUUAAAUAUAACGAUAGAAGAUUUAUCUAUAAUAUGUACAAAAGCCAAACAGUCAUAAUACAGAUAGAUGGGAAAGAGCAAGAAGCAAAAAUAAAAAAAGGUGUAAGACAGGGCUGUAUUUUGUCACCAAUGCUAUUCAACUUGUACAUUGAAGAGGCAAUGAAAGAAUUGAGAGAAGAAAUACAGAAAGGAGUGCGAAUAGGAGGAACAAUGGUGACUGCCUUAAGAUUUGCGGAUGACAUAGCUUUUUGUGCUGAAAGAGAAGACGACCUGCAAAAUACCCUAGUAACAAUAGAUAGAAUACUAAAAAAUAAGUAUGGAAUGAAGCUGAACAAAAAGAAAACAAAAAUUAUGGUUUGCAGUAAAACUAAUCCGGUUCGACUCAACAUAAAUAUCGGAAAUGAACAAAUAAAGCAAGUGCAACAAUUCACAUAUCUAGGAAGCAAUAUAACAGAGGAUGGUCGCAGCAAAACAAAUAUAAUCUGUAGGAUAGCACAGGCGAAAAGAGCAUUUCAAGACAAAAGCCACAUAUUAACUACCAAUAGUGUUAGCCUGGAAAUAAGGAAGAAAUUCCUAAAAAGUUAUAUUUGGAGCGUAGCGCUCUUUGGAUCCGAAACCUGGACAAUAAACUCAACGGAAAAAAAUAGGCUAGAAGCCUUUGAGAUGUGGUGCUACAGGAAAAUGCUCAAAAUACCAUGGACUGAGAAGGUAACGAAUAAAGAAGUACUAGACAAAAUAAAGGAACAACGACAAAUAUGGAAAAGUAUUCAAUCAAGAAGGGGCAAGAUGAUAGGACACAUUUUAAGGCAUGAGAGUUUAUUAAAGAAAAUAAUUGAAGGAGAUGUUGAAGGACACAUUGCAAGAGGAAGACCAAGAACAGAAUACAUGACACAGAUAAUGCAGGAUACGAAUAAGGGAAGUUACAAAGACCUGAAGGAAUUGUGCUACGAUAGAGAAGCAUGGAGAGCUGCAACAAACAAAUCUACGGAUUUAUAA